AUGGCAGCUGAUCAUCAGGACAACAAUCCCUUGCUAGAGGACUUCCUUUUCCCUCCUUAUGAUGCCAUCCAGCCCAAGCACGUCUCCCCUGCGAUCCUCUCACUCUUGGACCAACUCGAGAGUGAUUUGGUUGAUUUAGAGACUAGAGUAGAACCAACAUGGCCAAAAUUGGUGGAACCAUUGGAGAAGAUUAAAGACAGAUUAUCUGUUGUUUGGGGGAUUGUGAACCAUCUGAAUGCUGUUAUGGACUCUCCUGAACUUCGUUCCGCCAUCAAAGAAGUUCAGCCAGAGAAGGUAAAGUUCCAGCUUAGAUUGGACCAAAGCAAACCGAUAUACAAUGCAUUUAAAGCUAUUCGCCAAUCUUCUGAAUGGGAGAGUUUGAACGAGGCACGAAAGCGCAUAGUGGAAGCUCGAUUAAAGGAGGCAGUCCUCAAUGGUGUUUCUCUUGAAGAUGAUAAAAAACAACGUUUUAAUGAAAUUCAACAGGAGUUGGAGAAACUAGCACAGCAGUUUGAGGAGAAUAUUUUAGAUGCCACGAACAAAUUUGAAAAAUUAAUUACAGACAAGCAGGACAUCGAAGGAAUGACUGCUACUGGGCUUGAAAUGGCUGCACAAAUGGCAGUGUCCAAGGGUCACAAAAAUGCCACUGCCGAAAACGGGCCAUGGAUCAUCACAUUGGCUGGUCCAAGCUACCGUUCUGUCAUGCAACAUGCCAAGAGUCGUUCUUUACGUGAAGAACUAUACCGUGCUUAUGUCACUCGUGCUUCAACUGGAGUUCUUGACAAUACAGCAAUUAUCCAUCAGAUUUUGAAGCUUAGGUUGGAGAAGGCAGAGCUUCUUGGAUUCGAUAAUUACGCUGAGGUAGAAUAUGCAGUUUGUGUUAAAUGUUCAUUCUGCUGA